ACUCUUUCAAUCAUCACAACUCUUCACUUCAACAAUUUUCAUUCUUUUUUAUUAUUUCUUGGUUGAAUCUUCAUCUUCUUGAACAUUAAAGCAAAGGGUUUAUUUUGUUUAAUUAAAGAUUAUCAGCAAAUUAAUCACAAUGUGGUCUAACCACGACAAGAAUAACCAUACUAUUCCGGCUAGGACAUUCUCUACGCCACCACCGUCAUGGAAAACGUCGCCGCAUUCUCCAGCAGCGGUGGUGAUGCCCAUGUCGGAGAGGAAGAUCAGUGGUUGCCGACGUGAUCUUUUUCAUGUUGUUCAUAAAGUUCCGUCCGGUGAUUCUCCUUAUGUCCGGGCUAAACACGUUCAGUUGAUUGACAAGGAACCGAGCAAGGCGAUUUCGUUGUUUUGGGCUGCUAUAAAUGCCGGGGAUCGAGUUGAUAGUGCCUUGAAAGACAUGGCAGUGGUGAUGAAACAACUGGAUCGAUCCGAUGAGGCCAUCGAGGCUAUAAAAUCUUUUCGUCAUCGCUGCAGUUAUGAGUCUCAGGAAUCUCUAGACAAUGUUCUUGUUGAACUCUACAAGAGAUCUGGAAGGAUUGAGGAAGAGAUAGAAAUGUUGCAACACAAACUGAAGAACAUAGAAGAAGGUGUUGCUUUUGGUGGAAAGAGGACAAAGAUUGCAAGAUCCCAAGGGAAGAAGGUUCAAAUAACAGUUGAACAAGAAAAAUCAAGGAUAUUAGGCAACUUGGCCUGGGCUUACUUGCAGCAUCAUGAUUAUGGUUUGGCUGAACAGCAUUACAGGAAAGCUCUGGCUUUGGAGGUUGAUUAUAACAAGCAGUGCAACUUGGCACUUUGCUUGAUGCAUAUGAAGAGGAUUCCUGAAGCAAAGUCUCUACUUCAGGACAUUAGUGCUUCAUGUGGCAGAAAAGAGAUGGAUGAAUCCUUUGCUAAAUCUUUUGAUCGUGCUGUUGAAAUGCUCAAUGAAUUCGAGGAACGCUCUCUCUUGAAACCAAUCCAAGACGACAAAGAGAACCUUGAUAGUGGCUGGAGGAAAGGUCCUUGUAAUGAAAGGUCUGAUUUUUCUGGCAAAAUGGUUGUUUCUCCUGCAGCUGUUCUGUAUACACAACCGAGAAGAGAUUCUGAGAGUUUACAAGGAGGUCAAAGAAAUGUGCUAGCUCGUACUAUUCGGAAUCUUGACGGGGACUUACAAGAAUCUGACAUAAAAUCGCAAUCCAGUUUGGUUGCACCUGCUGACAGAAAUUGGAGAGGGGUUGCUCAAGUCAAGAGCACAGGAAAAUCACCAUAUCUAUUAUCGCAGCCGAGAACAGAAAGGGGGAGGUCAAGCUGGAGAAGCUAUUCCAGGGAAGAUAACAACACUAAUGCCCAGAUGAUACCUGAAAAACAAGAUCAGACCAUUGUUUUCUAUGAACCUAAGGGAAAAUCCACAGAUUCUGGUGGAAAUAAGUUUGUCGGAAUGAACAAUUUAUUGAAAUCUGCAAGUAAGAGGUGGGCAGAUAUGGUUGAAGAAGAAGAACAGAAGUUACUAACUGGAGAAAAGCUGAGGUUUUCUUUUGAGGGUAGUUGGAAAUAUGGAGACGAAUCUAGCGAUGAAAAUCUGGAUUCCAAUAUGCCAAUAGAAGAAGUGAGUCCUGUAGAAACUAUAAGCCAAAAGCUUGAAGCUAUUGAUCUGAAAAAUAGCUAUGAUACAUUCAACAAUUCUGGUUCUCCAAGGAAUUCAACAGCGCGGCGUUCUUUAUGUUUCGAUGCAAAGAAGGACUCUCCUUUGAAGAGAAAGAACAGAUUGCAGGUUUUCCGGGACAUCACUCCAACUCCAGAUGACAGUCCAUGAACUUCAAUCUGAAAGAACCUCAAGUGUGUAUAUAUGUUUUCAUCUUGAAGAUUGCUGCUGCUCCAAUCAAGUUUUGCAAGGAGAACUUUCUUACUAGGAAAAACUACAGUUUUAAGGCUUUCAAGGAGAAGUUCAUGUAGAGAUUGUGUAUAGAAAGUUGAUGCAUAUUAGCCUCUGAUUUUUUGUUUGAUUCUUAUAUUUGGUGAGCUUCUGUUGAACUAAGCCCUGUAAGUAUUCAUUUUUCCAGUAUAAAGAGAGAUUUAAAAGCAAUUUAUA